GUUUGUCACUUGUUUAACAUAGCGCAAUGACUGCAAAGACUGGAAAUGCAGUUUUUUUUCUGAUUUCCUGGUUUAUUAGUAUUAAAGCUGAAUGUCCUGCAUCAAAUUGGACGCUUCUUGGUGAUAAGAACUUUACUGUCAUCCCAAACACCGAAAAAUUUUUAAAUAUAUUAGACGCGAGAAAAGUUUGUGAAGAUUGUAAUGCAGAUUUAGUCGUAAUCGAAAAUGAAGCCGAACUGAAUUUGACACUAGAACUAAGUCGAAAUAUUUCAAAUCUUCAAAACUAUAUGUACAUCGGUCUUGUAUUAAAUGAUACUGGAACUUGGAACUGGACGCAACCAUACUCUCAAGAAUAUACAGUAUGGGGUGCCGGUGAACCAAAAACCAAUGGACCAAAUAAAUGUGCUAUGUUAGAUUCAGAGAGCAAGACGUGGAUUUCAACCAGAUGUUGUGUAAAUAAAAUGAAAAUUAAGAUGGUGGCUUGUUCAAAAUAUGAAGUCUCAAAGAAUAAUGUUGCUCAUGUAAACUUGACAGAAAAAUGUACAGGAGGGUGUCCAGACAACUGGCUGAAAGAGGAAAAUACUUGCUACGGCUUACUACCAGGUUCAGAGGGUAGCUUCUAUCACGCUAGACAAAAAUGUCUAAAAGAAGGUCACGAUCUAGUUGCUAUCCGUUCUAACGAUCAAUUAGACUUUAUCGAAGAGUUGAUCUGGGAAAAUACAACUUCUUAUUUCGUUGGUGUAGCGAACUUAUCAAGAAAAUUUGAAUAUCUUAGAACACCAUUUGUGUUCAAUGAAAGUAUUUUUAAUGCUAGUUGGGUGGACCAAGAAUCAACUGAUGAACAGUGCGCUUAUAUAAAAAAGUAUGAAAAUGGUAAAUGGUCUUUCAAUAGGACGUCCUGCUGUUUACAAAAGCCAGCGAAUUAUUCCUGGGCUCCUUAUAAUCUUACUGUUAAAGAUCUACCUGGCUUUGUUCCAGUGGUCGAUUCAUUAUAUGUUGUUUGCGAAAGACCCGCCUACGGAAACGUCACGAUCGAUCCAACGAACGAAGUUAUCACUAAACACUGCUAUUCGGCUUAUAAUGAAUGCCUCAGCAAUCCGUGCCAGAAUGGGGCCCACUGUGAAAACAAAUUAACCUCCUAUAAAUGCAACUGCAAACCCGGCUAUACCGGGUCCAAUUGCGAAAUAGCGAUUAAUUACUGCGCUAGCUCACCUUGCUUUAACGACGGAACUUGCCAAAACGACUAUACAAUACCAGGAUGGAACUGUACAUGCAAACCGGCUUUUGGAGGCACUAAUUGUAGUUUAAUAAUUGACCAAUGCCACUCUGAUCCUUGCCACAAUAAUGCAACAUGUGUGGAUGGUGAUAACGCGUACACCUGCAAUUGCUUAUUGGGUUUUACUGGCAUAAAUUGCGAGAUUAAUAUUAAUGAAUGCGUUAAUGUUACUUGUCAAAAUGGAGGAACCUGUAAAGAUCUUAUAAACGAUUACAAAUGUGAUUGUCUAGACACCUACUUUGGUGAUCACUGUGAAACCAAAAUAGCAUGUCCGAAAGCAAUUCCUGUAGUUGCCAACGCUACUACGAAUAUAACUGGUUAUGAUUUAGAUGAUACGGUCACGUAUCAUUGCUUAAAAGGUUAUAAAUUUAAGGAUAUGUCUGUAAACAAGACGAUAACAUGCGAUUCCUCUAAUAAGUGGAGCGGAUAUACAGAAAGUAUGGUAUGCGAGCCUCAUUGUUCAGCUGUUCCUCUUUUAAAUAACACAGACCCUAGCACAGAUUACACUAGAUUCGGCACAACAGUAAACUAUACCUGUAAAGCAGGUUAUCACUUUCCCAAUAAUGUAACGACUGUUAAUACCACCUGCCUAGUCUCUGGAAAUUGGUCAAACACUGCGAAAGAUUUGCUUAAAUGUGAAGUUGUUAACUGUCCUUCACUCCCCAAUCAUCUUCAUCAGAAUAAAACCAAUUGGAAUAUUACUGAAUAUAAUACAACAGUUGUUUUCUGGUGUGAUAUCGGCUAUACUUUACACGAUAACACAACAGCAAGAACAAUAAAAUGCCAAGAAAAUGGCAAAUGGACGGCAGAUUUACCACCUUGCGAACCUGUUAGAUGUCCUGAUUUAGGUGAUAUAAAGAACGGUCAAAGAAAUAGCACACAAACAGUUUACGGCUCAUACGUUCACUAUCAAUGUCAUAAGAAUGCGGAGGGUAAGCAGUUGCGGAUGCUGGAUGGUGCUACUUAUAAAAUAAUUAAGUGUGAUGCUACAUGGGAAUGGAGUGACAAUGUUACAGACUGCGAACUUGAAAGAUGCUAUCCUUUACCAUUCGUCGCGAACGCAGAGCCAAGUGAUCUAAACGCCACCUGGGGACAUUCGGUUGAAUUGACUUGUGAUAAAGGCCACAGCUUCUCGUCAACAGGAAUUGUUUCCAAAAAGAAAACCACUUGCAAACAAUCGGGUAAAUGGCGACCAAUAUUACCUUCCUGCGAACCUGUACUAUGCGGCACCCCAAUGACGGUUAAUAAUGCUAAACCUGAUACCACUAAUAGACUUUAUGGUACCAUCUUAACCUAUAACUGCGAAAAAGGCCACGAAUUCGGAGAUAAAUUGUCUUUCAAGACCAUUGAAUGCAUAGCUGAUAAAUCUUGGAAUAGAACAACGGAUCAAUAUCUCCUACAAGGUUGCGUACCUAAGAAGUGUAGUCCUCCGCCUACUAUAACAAACGGUACUGGACCAUCAGAUUCAAAUCAACGCGUUUACAACGAUAUAUUGAAUUACGCUUGCGAUAGCGGUUUUAAGUUUAUCGACGGUGAAACAAAAAGAGCGCUGCUAUGUGAUCAUACCGGAAACUGGAAUGAAACAGAUUUGUCAUGUAGAAAAGAUCGUUGCGAUCCAGUUGCUUUUGUCGAUAAUUCUUUCCCGGAUACAAAAAAUACUUCUUGGUAUACUAACGUUACAUAUGCGUGCAAUGAUGGACAUGAAUGGCCUAAUAACAAAACCCAACAUAUCAUUUACUGUAACAACGAUGGUAAAUGGAAACAUAGAACACCAGGAUCUUUAAUUGCAUGUACGGCAAAGAACUGUUCAGCCAUUUACAAGAUGCCAAACUCUACUGUCACUGGAAACUCUAUCGUUUAUAAUAGUCAAGUAAAUUAUACUUGUGACACUGGCUUCAAAUUUUCUGAUAAUACGACGGAAAAGACCCAAAGGUGUGAUGAAGAUGCUAAUUGGAGUCCGUUCAUUGGGAAAUGCGAAAUCAUCCAUUGCAGUCCCCUAGAAAGUAUCGGAAACGCAACAAUAUCAUCUAAUGAUACACACUAUGGAAUUAGGGUUAACUACAAUUGCUUACAAGGUUAUCAAUUCCCUGACAAGACGAAAUCGUUCGAAGUAACAUGCACUGAGCAUGGAAAUUGGACAACAGGUCCACAAGCUUGUGAAGUCGUUUAUUGUCCACCUGUACCACUCUGGGGAGAUAUGAAUCUUAACUCGACAAGCAAUGAAUUUAAGUCUGUCAUAAGUUAUGAGUGCAAAGAUAAGUUUGCCUUCAAAGAUAUUAAAACAAAUAGGCUAAAAAAAAGGGUGAGUAUUUGUGAAACGGAUAAAAUGUGGCACCCAGAAAUUGAAGACUGUGUAGAAUUAGAGUCCAUAGCUGCCGAUCUAAAAGGAAAGUCAUACGAUUCACCCCAGGCCGUAUCCAUCGGAACUGUAGCAGUCAUCUUACUUUCCAUAACUAUAGGACUCAUAGUACUAUUAGAUUUGAAUAAGAUUUGGGAAGAUUUGAAAAUGAUGAGACAAAAUUUAGAAACUCUACUAAAGAAGAGAUCAAACAAAGUAUCAGAUAGUUCUACCUCCUUGGGGAAGAAUGAUAAACCAUAAAAAAUUACUAUAAAUCCCUACGUCACAUUGGUAAUUUCCACCUCUUUCUAAUCUACGUUCUAAAAUCGUUUUAGCUUUUUCGGUGCGAAGGGAGGAUCACAAAGAUUCUAUAUUAAGAACUUUAUUACAAGUCCAUUCCGUUUCGUUUGUACAUCAUUUUUAUAUUUUAUCUUAUGUCUACUGCAUUUAAAAAAGAAAAGAAAAAAGUUUUAAUUACAUUGUCAUUGUAUAAUAAUAGAAGAAAAUAAUAUUUGUCGGUGUUAUUGACUAAGAGCAGUCAAUAAUCUUUCACAACAACAAAAUAUCAUACUUACGUCAUAUUCAAUUCUUUGAUUAAUCAUUUUUGUUAAACGACAAAGCUUCUUUCUUUCUUUUUUUAGAAAAAAAAGGAGUUAAGGAGAUUUUUAAAGUUGUAUUCAAAUUGUUAUUGUACAGAGAGCAUAAUCAAUUUUAUGUUAGAUUUAAUAAGAAAAUUAUCGGUAUGUGCAUAGGUAUAUAUCAAUUUUCUCCCUUUUUCCUGGCGUACAACGUGCCUUAAACGCUUUGUUAUUUUAUUUGUUGUCCUAUGUCAAUUUGUGUUCUUCUCCUCUAUCUCUUUUUCUCUUUCGAUAUUUUUCUCUGUAUAAUCAGAAAAUUUGAACUUAUUUCUAGCAGAUAACAGAAAAGAUAUUUUUGAUAAGAAAGAAUCUUACUGUUCAUGACAGUUGGAAGAUUUCUCUUCAAAUCUUAAGAUCUUGCUUUAUCUUUGUUUGUUCUUUAUAUCAUGCACACGUGAUCAUGCAUUUAAUUUAUUUCAGAUAUAAUUAUUAAUUUAAUAAAUAAAAUACACAACGUAUCACUUGACUGAAAUACACUAUUAACUUUACAAUCGAACUAUAAAUUACGGUCAAUGGGGGUCAAAGGUUGAAUUAGUUAAAUUCCGUAUUACAAAGCAAACAUCUGGCGAUAAGGUUGUCUUUUUAAGAAAGUGUGUCAAGGUUUCGUAUGUUAAUCUUUUAUCGAUUUCUUAUAUCUAGGCCUUUUUAUCGUUUCCGAAUUUUUUCCUAUAUUUUUCCUAUAUGCAG